GCAUCGGCGGAGAGGAAAAGAGUUGACGUUUCGAGUCCUCAUGACCCUUCAACAGAACUAAGUGAAAAUAGAAGCGAGGUGAAAUAAACUUGUUCACUUUGAAACUGAUUUGACUUCCUUCUCAGAAUUGGUUUUGCUUCCGAAGGAGCUGCAGUGAGGCUGAAGAACUGGGAUUUUAAAUUCUCCACCUGAAACAUUUUCAAGUGAAAUGAGAUGAAGCGCUUGUACUCCAGCCACUCUUAUAUUUGGCAACCAUCCUCAAAAUCGGAAAUAUGGGGAGGGAGACUAUCUACCCAAAAAGCAUUAACAAUUCCAAAACCUACUCCAGGAGAUCAAUGCCAACGCAUCAGGAUCUCAUGGAGAGAAUGGUUGUUGCUGAUGUUGACCAGGUCCAGAGAUACAGAGGGUCACAUGAGAACUGCUUCCUCCAAGGAUUUACAACUGGUUGAUUUGGGAAACUUGUCCUGCUCUACAACUGUGCCUGUUGAAGGAACAGUAAAUAUAACGAUGAAUAAAUGUGUGACCGAGGAUCAGAGGCCUGUCCUGAAAAAAGGAAUUGCUGAUAUCAUUUGCAAUGGGUUAAAUUGCACAGGGGGUUAUAGGGCAGGUUAUAAUCAGCACGGCUGUUACUACGUGUGCAUCCCAGACAUUUCACACCUACCAGGUUCAUCCGAAGAAGAUUUUCAUCUGGAGUAUGGGGAUACUGAGUCCUGGGAAUCGAAACCUGUAACAUUCAAUUUGGCUGAUGUUUGUUCAACCCCAGACCCAAGUGUAACUCCUGCAGUUGAUCAUCAUAAACAACAUGAAACAGCCAAAGGUAACGGAACAAAGAAAGGGGAUAAUCCUCACGGAAUGCCAGGAUGGUCCAUCGGUCUGAUUGUAUUGGUGAUUUUUGUGGUUUUGGUGCUGAUUGGAACCCUAGUUUGCUGUUUUUUCAAGCACAAGUUCCCCGAAACCUGGAAUAAGAUUUGUUGUCCCUGGCUGGUUUACACAGCUGAAGAAAGGCCUCAGAACGAACAGGAAAUGGACCCUCUUAAUAAUGCUUCUGCUGAGAUCAUCAAUAUACCAGAAAAUGAAGACACCAACACACCAGUGGCCCCUGCCAGGGAGUAAACACUUCUGGUGAACCACGUGGAAAUAUUUGGGUGAACUCAUCAGCAUGUUACCAGAAAGAAGCUUACAGUGGUGGCUGCCAUUGGAUACAUUAGUGAUGGAUCUUACAUCGAUGCCCCCUAGUCCCUCGUCCCCCUCACAAAUGGAAACAUCUUCUCAACAUCUGCCUGAUCGAAACCCCUUCAUCAUUUUAAAGACCUCGAUCAGGCCUUCUCUUUCUGCCAAUUAAUUCCAUCUUCCCCAAUCUUGGAAACGUGGUUAAUGUUUUAGCUUAAAAGUAUCAUGUAUUUAAAAAUGAUUGACCUUUGUUUUGUUUUACUGAACCCCAUUUAAAACAUCAUUCUUUAGCA